AUGUACACGGGAGAAAUGGAAGCGUUUUACUUUUAUAUCCCAUUAACAUUCUUAGCCAUUUAUGCCAUCACUGAUUACUUCCUCCGCAAAUUUCAAAACCUCCCACCAAGGCCAUGGCUUCCUCCCCUACCCAUAAUCGGCCACCUCUACCUUUUAAAACGACCGCUUCACAAAUCCCUCGCUAAAAUCUCUGCAAAAUACGGCCCAGUCCAACUCCUGCAAAUUGGCUCACGUCGGGUGCUCGUCGUGUCCUCUCCCUCCGCCGCCGAAGAAUGUCUGACCAAGAACGAUAUCAUAUUCGCCAACCGCCCUCGGCAGCUUCUCGCAGGGAAGUACCUUGGCUACAACUACGACAGCCUCGUGUAUGCACCCUAUGGUGACCACUGGCGGAACCUCCGCCGUGUCACCACCCUAGAAAUCCUUUCAUCUCAUCGGCUUCGUGAGUUUGAACCCAUACGUGCUGAUGAAGUACGCCUCAUGAUACGAAAACUCUAUCGUUCUUGGUCUGGGGAGGCGGUUGAAGUGCAAGUCAACGCUAUGUUGAUUGACCUGACGCUCAACGCUGUCAUGAGGAUGGUUUCUGGUAAGAGGUAUUACUAUGGGAAAGAUGACAUAUUGACGGAUGAGGAGAAGGAGAAGGCACAUCGGUUUCAGAAGAUAGUGGAGGAGGUUUUUUGUGCGAUGAGUGUUUCACAUAUAGGAGAUUACUUGCCCAUAUUGAGGUGGUUAGGAGUAAGCAAACUGGAAAAGCAAUUGAUAGCUUUGCAAGCAAAGCGAGACUUGUUCAUGAAGGAGCUUGUUGAGGAGAUAAGAUGUAGCAUGAAGAAUAGUGGCAAGAGGAAUAUGAUUCAAGUGUUGCUAUCUUUGCAACAAACGGAACCAGAGUUCUACACCGAUGAAAUGAUUCGUAGCAUCAUGCUGACGAUACUAGCAGGAGGUACUCAUACAUCCAUAUGCACAUUGGAGUGGGCAAUGUCUCUUUUAGUGAACAAUCCAAGUGUUCUAAAGAAGGCACAUAAUGAGAUCGACAGUCAUGUCGGACAAGGUCGUUGUGUUGAGGAAUCAGACAUGGUUAACUUACCUUAUCUUGCAUGUAUAAUAAAGGAGACUUUGCGGAUGUACCCAGCCGGACCCCUGCUUCCUCAUGAGUCAUCAAAGGAUUGCAUGGUUAGCGGCUAUCAUGUCCCUCGUGGAACAAUGUUAUUAGUGAAUGCAUGGGGAAUACAAAAUGACCCAAACAUUUGGGGAGAUCCUGAAACAUUUAGGCCAGAGAGGUUUGAAGGGGUAGAAGUCUAUGGAGAUGGUUUCAAGUUAUUGCCAUUUGGAUUUGGAAGGAGAAGUUGUCCGGGAGAAAACAUGGCAAUGCGAAUGGUUGGAUUGGCAUUGGGGUCUCUUAUCCAAUGCUUUGAAUGGGGAAGAACAAGUGAUACCAAGGUUGACAUGAAUGGAGGAAUUGGAAUAGCUUUGGCAAAGACUAUACAUUUGGUUGCAAUGUGCCAACCACGUCCUAUAAUGUUGAAUCUACUAUCGCAGUUAUGA